CCGUAGGAAUCUCAUCACCCAUUGCUCUUUCCUUUUCUUUUUCUUUUUCCUUUUUCUUUUUCAGGACUCUGCUUCUUCUUUACUACAAGUACUAUUGUCACCACCACCUUUGUUUUCCCACGAAAACUUGACUGCCCAUUUCCAUACAGUACUGGCUUCUCAGGUUUAUGUUAAGUUGGAAGCAGACAUCUGACAUCUACAAUGGGUUCUGGAGAUUGGUUUAAGACAAUAAUUAGCAUAAAGAAAGUGAAGGAUGACACCUCAAAACAAGCAAAGAUGUUACCACAUCUGUUCCUGCAAUCUGAACAGGGGUCUUCAACUUCUGCAAAAUCAAAUGGCUUCACAUGGAAGAACAAGCUGCGAAAAGAAUCUGCAAGUUUUGCAAAUGGUUCCAAUAGGGCCAAUCCCAGAUUUCCUGACAUGCCAGUUGAGGAUUUGGCUGCCACUCGGAUUCAAACAGCAUUCAGGGCUUACAGGGCUAGGAAAACUCUUCGCUGUUUGAAAGGUAAAGUGAGAUUACAGAUCAUCACCCAGAAUUAUUCUUUCAAAAAGCAAGCUGCAACUACUUUGAACUACCUUCACUCAUGGAGCAAAAUACAGGCCCAGAUUAGAGCCCGUAGACUCUGUAUGGUUACAGAAAGCCGGUUAAGACAGAAGAAGUUAGAGAAUCAACUAAAACUUGAGGCAAAGCUUCAUGAUCUGGAGGUUGACUGGAGUGGUGGCUCUGAAACAAUGGAGAAAAUCCUUGCAAGAAUACAUCAGAGGGAGGAAGCAGCAGUUAAGCGGGAACGAGCAAUGGCAUAUGCCUUUUCUCAUCAGUGGAGGGCCAGCUACGGUCAUGACCUUGGGGUGGUUAAUUAUGAACUUGGGAAAGCUUAUUGGGGCUGGAGUUGGAAGGAACGUUGGAUUGCUGCUCGACCAUGGGAAAGCCGUGCCGCUGCCAAGUCUGUUAGUCCAAAGAAAAUGAAGAGUAGGCAGGCUAAUAAGGUUGAUGAAACGACAAAGUUGCCAACCAGAAAAACACCAGUUUCAUCUAAACCAUCAUUAUUUAAUGGGAAAGGAAAUCCAACAGCGCAGAGAUUAUCUUACCCACCAGCUGAAAAAAGGGUUUCACUUGAGGGAAGCAUUAAAUCUGAUGCAGCAAACAAUAAACGUGAACAGUUGGUAUCUUAAUGCGAAGCAAAAGUAUGGAUCAGAAGGGCUUGUUCUAUUUUCGGUCAUUUUUGUUUUAGAUAAGAAAAGGGAAAGUUCUUUUAUUCUCAUUACUGAUGUUUUUUACAAUGGGAGUGAUGUGAUAGUGAAAUGCUUUUGCAUAUAGCACAGAAACUGUAGAUCAGGCCUGCAUUUGUGAAUGACAAUUGUCAUUCUUCUCCAUGUUUAUUGUUCUCCUUGAUGUGUUUUUACUUUUUCUAUUUUGGAAGUUCAUACGUAUUUGUGGUGUAAAUAGACAGAAUUUUCUUGGUGGUGAAUCCAUGAUGUAUUUUUAGAAAUCUUAUCAUUCUUCAGUUGCUCUGUAAAGUUCCUCACCAUUAGUUAGUGUCACUUUUUGAG